ACCCAUAUAAGCAACGCAGGUGCCUGUGUUGUAUUAAUCCUGUUGCAUGAAUCGUCCAAGUCUUGUAAUCAACUCGUGCAAGACAGUUUGCAAGAUGAUGUUGGGUGUCUUUGUGUUCCUGAGUCUUGCCCUGUAUUCCGAUGCCUUGACUUGUACUAGCUGUGAAGAUGUUGCUUGCACGACCGUCGGUUUACCCUGUCAACCUCCGAACUACGUGUACGCCCCUUGCGGUUGUUGCCCAAAAUGUCCACUUGAGCUUGGACAACCCUGCGGAAGCUUGACACAAAGGUGCCAGUUUGAUCUUUGGUGCUUUAAGUCAAGUGGUAACAAGAUAGAAGCGUAUAAAAACGUGCCAAAUUUUCCCAGUUUCAAGGGGUGUGUGCCCAUCUCGACAUCUCUACAAACUAAAACUCUCCAGUGUCAGUUAAGAAAAAAAACUCUGAUCACGUGAAGACCAUUCACUAUUUCUAUCAGUAAUGCAUUUAUGUAAAAUGUGCCCUCUGUAAAUAAAUCACGGUUUGUUCUUGAAAAA